AUGUGUGGGAACUUCACAGUGGAAGGACGUAGUAUCAGUUUGAACCUGCGGAUCGAGUUAGUGGGUGAUGCUAAAGGAAGCAGUGAGGAACUCGCCGGUAUAAGUGAGCUGAACGUUGAUGACAACGAUUCCUCAGCACGUGACAAUGGGGCUCCACUUCCGCUGGUUAUCGUCCAUGACAAAGGUGAGGUGGACUCCAUGAUUGAGCUCAAAGAGAGACUGCGUCUGGCAGAGAUUAAGUGCUCGCAGCUGGAAGCGCUGUACCAAAAGUAUAGGCUUCGUUGGUUGGAGGAAAAUCAUCGAGUGAAGGUGCUGAAAGGGUACGCACCAUAUGGAAUCAGUACUUGCUCUCCCCAUCAGAUCCCAUGGAGUGCCCCUUCUCCUACUCAAAGUGAAUAUGAUCCCGAAUUUGAGGUGCAAGAGUGA